CUUGCGGCGCGCAGGAGCAGAAAAGUUGUGGCUUACGGGGCACGUCCUCCCAGAUUCUGGGGUUCACGCGGGUUUUCGCAGCUGUCCGGUAGGCGGUAGGCCGCUGAGUUCUGUACUCAGGCCAUCAACCCCUUCCGCAGCUGAGCAGAACGAGGGUGAGCGGCGAGCCGGGUCUCACCAUGGCCGCGAACCCAGCCUGUCUCUCGGGAACCUUUCGAUUGAAGCCCAACAUUCAUUCAACAAACCGAGCAGUGGGAGGAGCAGCGCCUCCCGACGGAGCGCUGGGUGUGGGAGAAGCCUGGUGACUCACCACUCUCCUCCUCUGUGAAAGUGCUUCUGGAGCCAGCCCUGGUGCCCUGCCAGCCCCAGACGCUCCCUCCCUCCCGCUUUGCUGGAGCGUCCUAGCCACUCUCCCCUGACCUGUUACACCCUCUUGCCAGACCCCUGGGUCCUCUCUGUGCCCCACGCCCCUGAAGAGGCAGGGUUUGUUUCACCCACAGCCCUAGUGUACUCCGCCUCAGUUGGAGUUGUCUGGGAGAUCUGGAAACCCUGAAUGCUGCACCUAGAAACGCCUCAGGGGUAGUCUGAGACCCAGGGUCUGCCAGGGGAGCCGGCAGUCAGGAAACCAGAGGUAGAUUCUGUCCACCCCCACACCGCCACCGCCACCAUAUUUUACAGAUGGAGAAUUUCCCCAGCAGGACAAGGCACUUGCCCAGGGCCUGACAGCCAGCUUGGCCAGAUACUUCGUGAGAAGAUGCUGUCCAAAGACAGCAGGCUUGGGAGUCAGGCAGACCUGGGGGCAAAUCCAGUUUCUUCCUCUCAGAAGCGGUGUGGCCUUAAUCGCUCUGGCUUUGUGUCUCUUCGUGGGAUCUGUUCCUGUGAAGUUUAAGGGAGUCAGUCUGUGGUUAGCACGGUGCCCGGCACAUGCCUAAUGCAUGAGAAAAAUCUAUCUUCACAGUCUGGCUCGGGUGGCCCUGGUGGGCAGAAACUAUCUUGGGUACAGUGGCACCUGACCUGGUCCAAGGAAUGUGGAUGAGUUUGGGCAUCUUCUGCUGCUAAACCUUUGUUGAGUCAUCCAGUAGCUGGGUGCACAUUUACAGGAGCUACCAGGCCCAGUGAGGAAGAAAGAUCUGAUGAUGGUGGGGUGGAGCGGGGAGGUGCCACAGCUUCUUAAUCAGUAUAACAACAAAACUGCCCUGGGACAGAGGCACUGGUAACCAUCUCCUUUUUAUAAGUGACUAAACAGGAUCAGAGAGGUAGAGCGACUGAUGCAACAAGUAGUUUUUAGGGCCCACGUGUCAACCACUGUGCCAUCACUCACUGCUCUUUGCUUCUGAGCCUGGAGUGCUCAUGGAGGAUACACGUAUGUGUUCAACACAUAUCAAGGAGCCAGCAUCAAGUAUUCCAGUACAAGUAACAGGAGAGAACAUGUCAAAACUACAAGCAACCCCCAGCCAGGCUUCUUGGAGCGGCUCAGCGAGACCUCGGGUGGGAUGUUUGUGGGGCUCAUGACCUUCCUGCUCUCCUUCUACUUAAUUUUCACCAAUGAGGGCCGCGCACUGAAGACAGCCACCUCCCUGGCCGAGGGGCUCUCCCUUGUGGUGACCCCUGACAGCAUCCACAGUGUGGCCCCAGAGAAUGAGGGAAGGCUGGUGCACAUCAUCGGGGCCCUGCGCACGUCCAAGCUCUUGUCGGAUCCAAACUAUGGUGUCAACCUUCCGGCUGUGAAGCUGCGGCGACACGUGGAGAUGUACCAGUGGGUGGAAACGGAGGAGUCCCGGGAGUACACCGAGGACGGGCAGGUGAAGACAGAGACAAGGUACUCCUACAACACCGAGUGGAGGUCAGAAAUCGUCAACAGCAGAAACUUCGACCGAGAGAUUGGCCACAAAAACCCCAGUGCAAUGGCAGUGGAGUCGUUCACGGCUACAGCCCCCUUUGUCCAAAUUGGCAGAUUCUUCCUCUCAGCGGGCCUCAUCGACAAAGUCGACAACUUCAAGCCACUGAGCCUGUCCAAGCUGGAGGACCCGCACGUGGACAUCAUUCGCCGGGGAGACUAUUUCUACCACAGCGAAAACCCCAAGUAUCCGGAGGUCGGAGACCUGCGCGUGUCCUUUUCCUACGCGGGGCUGAGUGGCGAUGACCCCGACCUGGGCCCGGCUCACGUGGUCACUGUGAUUGCCCGGCAGCGGGGUGACCAGCUACUCCCAUACUCCACCAAGUCUGGGGACACCUUGCUUCUCCUGCACCAUGGGGACUUCUCGGCAGAGGAGGUGUUUCGUAGAGAACAAAAGAGCAACUCCCUGAAGACAUGGGGCCUGCGGGCCGCCGGCUGGAUGGCCAUGUUUAUGGGUCUCAACCUCAUGACGCGGAUCCUGUAUACACUGGUGGACUGGUUCCCCGUCUUCCGAGACCUGGUCAACAUUGGCCUAAAAGCCUUCGCCUUCUGCGUGGCCACCUCGCUCACCUUGCUGACCGUGGCUGCCGGCUGGCUCUUCUACCGGCCCCUGUGGGCCCUCUUCCUCGGCUGCCUGGCCCUGGUGCCCAUCAUCAUUGCUCGGACCCGGGUGCCGGCCAAAAAGCUGGAGUGAGGCAGGCCCUGGCCCCCGCCCGACACCCGCGUGCUCCUCAGGAUCCAGCUCACCCCCUGCCCCCGUGACCCCACUCCUCACCCCAGCACGAGCCCGCAUCGGUUUUGGAUUCUGCGCCCGCUCUGCUCCUCAAGGGGCCACGCCUCGCGGUGCGCGUGGACGUCAGGUUUGGUGCCCACCACCAGCUCGCGUCUUCCCACCCUCUUUCUCGCCAGCAGGCAGCUCUGGUGAGCGGAGGCGGCAGCUCCCGGCUGGCCGUGUGACAGGCGACAGGCAUCCAUUCUGCUUGCUUCCCUCCCUUCCCUCGGGACCGUGUGGCUGCUUCACGCGUCUCGCUUGGCUGAUGUCUGCCAACAGUGAACUGGUGACACUCCACACGGACCUGCUGCCUUAACACUCACCGGCCCCUCACCCUCACCCUUGGAGACAAGUGCCAGGGCUCUGCCCAGCCACCCCUGCCCCGUGAUCCCGCGUGGCCACCGUCACCAGCGGCCUCUGAGCGUGCUGCGGUGCCGGACAGACCGGGCACGGGCCCCCACACGGGGCACCACAAACCCAGUUCGGGCACGGCACCUGACUUGGUACUUAGAAAAGCCACCGAGGUCACGGUGAAGAAGCGUGGGAUAUUUGUUGGGCUUUAUUUACACGUAGUUGAUAGUUUGGCAGAAACUUCUUAGUGUGUAGGAUUUCCAAAGCUCUCAUUUGUUAUGUUUCUCUUUGCUACACUUCAUGUGUAUUUUCCUACUCUAAGAGGGUGUUGUUUCAAAUAAGAUUUAAAAACACAAAACACUGCUUGAAUGAUGAGCACUUCAGACUGUUAGAGAAAAACUCCUCUUAAUCUGUCAGUUGAAGUUAAUUCAGGGCACAGAGAGGUGUAACUGGGGGCGUGACUUACUCCUUAAAAAAGAGUCACCUCCGUCAGAACUCUGGUCACUGGGAGGCUCCAAGGUGCUUUUGAAGCCAGCGUUGGCGAAGGGAUCCCACUCUGGGAGGAGAGGGGAAUUUGGAGAAGGUGGAGAGAGGCAUUUCCGUUUAUCCUCUGGCAUCAGAAACUACCGAUUUACUUGAAGAUGGUAUUUUGAGUUUUCAGUCAACCGUUCAAGGAAAAGGCUGGACGCUUUCUCAUCCUGAGUGGGCUCCCUCGUGCCCCCAUCACCCCAAACCAGAAAUCUGAGACCUGACGCUUGUGCAGCACCCGGGCCUCAUGCCUUUCACCGUGGGAGGCGUUCACACUAGCAGCUGGCCCCCGGGUAACUCCUGUUGUGCCCACGUCCACAGCUUCUCUAAGUAAAAUGUACCCACACUUCAUUGCACUCCUGCUGUUUCCCAGGUACUCUCACGCCCUCUGAAGCAUAAAGUGUGUUGUCACCUUGAUGUCUCAAAAGGUCCUUCGUAUAUCCUUUAUCUGUUUAUUACUUGGAAACUGUUCUGCCUUGCUGGGAGCGGUCGCUUUAGCAAAUUAGUUGGUAGUUGAGUGAGUGAUGGGAGACCUAACAAUCUCUCAUCGGCCUGGGAGAUCUGUGGUGUAACUUCAGGUUCUUCGUGCAGAGAACAGCUGGCCCCAAAGAGGACUUAGCUGGAUUUAAGAAUCGAAACAGUAUUCACCACUGCUUAUCACGUGAGCAGUUGUCAUCGAGUGUCUCCUCGUGAAGGAUGCUUUUGGAAAACAAUACAACUAGAUGGUGGCUGAAUACAAACUCUGUGGGAUUUGGUUUGUGUAAUUUUUUCUACUACAGAUUUUAAAUUACUGCGAAUUUCAGUAGUGUUCUUAAAGAGCAAAAUAAUGUUAAGAAAUGUUUGAAGUCUUUGGGAAAUCAUGAAAUUUGUAUCGUAUUUGUAUUUUUGAUAAAAAUUCAAAAUAAAUUUCAAAAGAGCUUUUAUAGGA